AUGGCGGCUCGUCUGCUCCGGAGGAUGCUCGGGAGCCGCUUCCUCUUCCUCCGCUCCCCGCUGCGGAGCUCCGGCAGCGUUUGGGCCCGCGCUGCCCGCGGUGGCACAGACACGGGCUCUCUGACUAAACAAGCUGAAGCAACUGUUGCUACAGACUGGAAAAAAAAAUUGACUCCAGAGCAAUUCUAUGUUACAAGAGAAAAAGGAACUGAACCGCCAUUUAGUGGGAUCUAUCUGAAUAACACAGAAUCAGGAAUAUACUACUGCGUGUGCUGCAAUGCCCCACUGUUCAGCUCAGAAAAGAAGUACAAUUCUGGGACUGGAUGGCCAUCGUUUUCUGAGGCUUAUGGUACUUGUGGCAGAGAUGAAAGUAAUACCAAUAUCACGAGACGACCAGAUAACUCAUUGGGAUCAAUUAGAACUGAAGUCGUCUGCAAACAGUGUGAUGCCCAUCUAGGCCAUGUGUUUGAUGAUGGUCCCACACCUUCGGGGCAGAGGUUCUGUAUCAACAGUGUUUCACUAAACUUCAAACCAGGCUCUGGUCAGUGAGAAGUGGAUCCCUCUGGCUUACAGAACAUCCUUUCACUGCUCGUACAACAGGCUUGUGAAAAACACUUUUAAUAUACAACUCAAAUUUUAGUACUUACGCCAUUGCAGCUUUGCUUUCCAGCUAUUAUCAGUGUUGAUAAAAUACAUAUUUUUGUGAUAACUCUUUGGCAGUCUGCCUUUCCAUGGUUAGUGUGAUGUAAGUGUUGAUCUGUUUAUUGUAUUUUUUUAAUUUAAAAAAAAUUAUGCAAUA